UCUCCCCGGGUCGCGAUGGUCGCUGACGGCCGCAGCGAGUGUUGUUGUGUCGGUAAUGUUACGGAGACGCGAUAAACCGCCGAGGAAAGUACUUUCUAAUGUGAGAAGCACACGUCCCGCCACGCCGCCGGUCCAAACAUGUCCCGGGGAUGUACCGUUUCCGUGGAGGAGGUCCAGUCCUGGUGGGAAGUGCCCGCCAUAGCGCACUUCUGCUCGCUGUUCAGGACCGCGUUCAACCUGCCCGACUUCGAAAUAGAGGAGUUGGAGAAAGCCCUGUCCGAGCGGGACCUGGACUUCCUCGGGGACCUCAUUGCCUGUCUGUUGCAGGGAUGCUACCAGCGUACUGAUAUCAUCCCGGAGGCGUUCAGCAGUUACCUGGACGACAUCAUCAGCUACCGGUGGGAGCUGGAGGAGGGGAAGCCCAACCCACUUAGAGAGGGGCCCUUCGAGAAUCUGCCUCCACGCACUCAGGUGGAGCUGCUGCACCGGCUCUGUGAUUACCGCCUGGAUGCUGCCGACGUCUUUGACCUGCUGAAGGGCCUGGAUGCAGACAGCCUCAGGGUGGAACCAAUGGGGCAAGAUGAAAAUGGAGCCCUCUACUGGUACUUUUAUGGGACUCGUAUGUACAAAGAAGAGCCUGUCAAGAGGAAAAGUGAUAGGAUCAGUGAACCCUCUGAGCUUGCGCUACCAGAGAAAAAGAAAAGGGGAAGACCACCAAAGAAAAGAAAGUCGGACGACUCUAAUCUGAGUGAGAUAGAAAGAGAAGAGCCAGAAGUCAAGACAGAAGAUGUACCGGAGGAUCCUCCCUUGAGGAGAACAGGCAUCAAGCGAGGCACUUGGUCCCUUGUGUGUGAGACAGAGGAGCAGUGGGUCAGUCUGGCAGAAAGCAUCAAGGACAAACCCUCCCCACAGGACCGCCACCUCCACCGUGUCAUCAGCCAGAACUUUCUGCCCGAGAUCAGCAGCAUGAUUGAGCACAAGGAACGAGAACAGAAACAGAAACUGCUGGACCCCACCCCGGUGCGCACGUCACAGCGCUUCUCUGGAAAACACUUUCAGCCAGAGGACGAGGACUGUCCAAAGACUGUGUCAGAGGAGGACAAGAGGAAAGACGAGGAGCUGGACAGGCAGGUUCUGCUGGCUGAGCAGCGACGAGAAGAGGAGCGGAUUCUGCAGGAAGAACGGCAGAGGGAGAAGCUGGAGAAGAUCAAAGCUGUGGAGGAAAGAGCAAAAAGGCGUAAGAUGCGGGAGGAGAGGGCCUGGCUGCUCUCUGAAGGCAAGGACCUGCCACCUGAACUCCUGAAUCUGGAGCCUUCUUCACCUGUCCUCAGAACACGCAGGAACAAAGAAUUCUAUGAAAUGGAUGAUGACUACACCGCCCUGUACAAAGUGCUUGAGGUGCUGAAAUCCCAUAAAGACGCUUGGCCUUUUUUGGAGCCUGUGGACGACUCCUACGCGCCCAAUUACCAUGAGCUCAUCCGGACGCCCAUGGACCUGUCCACCAUUGAGAAAAAGCUCAAUGAUGGCGAUUACAUUGUUAAGGAGGAGUUUGUUGCUGAUGUGAAGCUCAUGUUUGAAAACUGCAUCGAGUACAACGGAGAAGACAGUGAGUACAGUAUCAUGGCAGAGUCCCUUGACCGGUGUUUCAGUCGGGCCAUUUUAAAACAUAUUCCAUCAGAGGACUGCGACACGGACGAGGAAUUCCACAUCAAUCGAGAAGACAAGGAGCGCAAAGACAAAAAGCGCAACCGUGGCAGUAAAGGUUCGGGGCCUGAGAGUCUGAUCAAGGCCACUGAGCAAGUCCAACGGAAGAGAAACUCACAGGGGGGCAAAGGCACCACACCCUCAGAGGAAGAGGAGCACAAGCUGACACGACCACCACCUCCUCCUCACUGGGCCAAUGGCCCCCCUCACCCUCACAACCUACCUCCAAGCCAUCAACGCAUCCACGAAGGAGACAUGAGAGGCUUGUACCACCCUGGGCAACAGCUCCGUCAUCCACAUGGGCCCCCUGCUCACCAUGGUCCACCUAUGUAUGCCCAGAGGAUGGGUAUGGACCCCCGCUUCGCUUACUCAGCUCAUCUUCCUAGGCACGGACACCCUAAUUUGAAUCGCUUCGCCAGUGACUUCAACAUGCAGCAUCGCAUGGUAGAAGGACAUCACAUGGGCCCGAGGUAUCCAAUGGGCCAGGAUCCUAAACAGCAGCCUCAUCCACACCAGCAGCAGCACCCUUACAUGGGUCCGGCUCAUGGCCCAUCUCUGGGCCCACGUCCCAUGGCCCUACAGCCGGGAGCUCCUCCUGAAGCCAGCAUGUACCCAGCCCACCACCAUCCAGAGAGCCACACCAUGCACCCCAUGGGCAACAGAUUCUCAGGACCAGGUGGACCAACUCAACACAACUACCCAGGCUUGAGGCCACCUGGCAUGGCUCUCUCACACAUGUGGCCUGGUAUGAAUCACCAGGAGAGACCCAAUGGGAUGCACGUACAAGAUCCCAAUAUGGUGAACCAGCGUAACUUCGGUUACGGUGGAGUCCCACCUCCAGUAGGGCAUAAACCAUGGCCAGAAGCUGCAGGAUACCCUCACCCUCCUCCCAAUGCCCAGUAUCAAAUGUCUGCAGGGGUCAGCUCCCAGGGGCCCAUGUCCCCCCGUCUCCCUGUUACCCACCCAGACUCCUCUGGCAGGACACGCUUGGCUUCCAUGCUGGAAAGCCCAGAGAUGCUGGCCCUGCAGCAGCUGUCAGCCUCCUCUGGACCCCCUGCUGGUGCCCCUCAUCAGCACAUGGGCAACUUUCAGCGGCCUGGGCCCCCAUCAGGAAUUGGCAGCAUCCCAGCUCACCCCUCACAGCAGCCUCCCCCUGCCCCUGAGGUUCAGCUGCUGCAUCCUGCUAAAGACAAUGGGCCAGACAGCCAGCUCCCUCAACAGACAGACACACAGCCCAAAGGCACAACGUCGGAGAACAAAAUGGCUGUCAGCAACAUUUCUAAAGAAUCUUCUUCACACAAAAACACUUUUUCAAUUAAUCAAGAGCACCCGUCCAAUCCCAGUCCUACAGGACACCACAGUGAGGCCGCGGAGGGAAUGCAGAGCCCCCCAGUCCCUAAAUUGGUCCGAUUACAAGAGAAUCCCUCUGGACCAGGGCUUCUGCCAACAUCAACAGAGAGUCAGUCCACCACCAACUGUCCUCCUCAACCCACCAAUGCCACUACUGUUUCCACCCAGCUCAACACAAGUAACAUCAGCUCCAGGGAUCCAGCUCCACUCAACACCUCUCAGCAAACACAGAAUAGUCCACAGCAAUACGAACCAAGACCUGCACUUCAUCCCCAGAAUGCAUCACCACUGCAAGUACCAGCCUCGCAGAACUCCACUCAGCAGAUGUCGGAGAACAAUUCCCCACACGUGCAGAAUUCACAUCAGCAAAGUGAGCAUCAGCAGAACGUCCAAAAACAACAGCAGCAGCUGCCUCGCGCCACCCAGGGUACCCCCCCUCAAUGCCCCCCUUCCAACUCGCCCCAGCUCAUGACCCAGAAUUCACAGCAACACAAUUCCCUGUUACCCCCACAACCAGUCCAGCAAAACAUCUCUCCCACACAGAACAGCCCCAUGCAUGGGAUGCCACAGAGUGCUACACAAGGAGCCCAGCCUGGACCCCCUCAGCCAGCUCCUCUCACAUCUUUACCCCCCAGUCACCCUAGCCCACUGUUGCCCUCCCAGCCAAGCCCAGCAGACCAUGGUAAUCAGAGACCCAGUGAGCCGACAAGUAGAGCAGACACAGAAAGUAGUGCCGUUCCUCCGCAGCACAACGGAAUGAAAUCCGGACCUCCGAAUGUUAUUUAUAGACACCAGGAUUUCAGCCCCGGCCACCAUCAAGCGCAGCUGUUGAGCAGUAACACGGGUAUGCAGGCUCAGAGAGGGCUCUCACCGGGUCACAAUCCAGCCAUGCCUCCUCAGUCCCAAGUGAAUGGAGCCAUGGGUCCAUACAGCAUGGGCAACCCUCAACAUCCACACUACAGCCAGACGAACAUGAGCAGGUCCAUGCCGUCAUCUGCUCACCACCCUUACCACAACCAGACCAUCAACCCCCACCACAAUCCUGCUCAACACCCCUCCUACCACCAGCAGGGAGGAGCUGCCUACUCCUACCACAUGCAAGGCCAACAGCACCCUCAGGCCCACCCCAACAUGUACCCACCUCAUCAGUACCAGCAGCAACACUUCUACCCCCAGCACCAUCCGCAAGCUCAGACUCACAACCAAGCCCCCAGUAGAGGGGGCUAUCCUCAAGAUGAGUGGCAUCGGUCUCCUUAUCAGCCUCACCAGCCAAUGGCUCCUAACGCCUACCUACCUGUAGCCAGUGCCAGAAGCAACGCUCAGUCAAAGAUGGAGAGCAGUCUAUCACCGCAGGGCUCGGAAGCCUCAAACGGUACAAGUUUAGUUUCCCCUGGCUCGGUGUCUGACGCAGGCCCAGAGGAGGGAAAGCGUGAAAGGAGGUCGCAGGCCAUUGGCAGUCCAGCUGGAACCGAGAGCUCAGAGCGACCUGACAGCCCAAAGGAAAUCCUGGAUCUGGACAGCCAUAAUGCGGCUGCUCGCCACCGUAGCACCCAGCCACAUCAACACCCGGCUGCACACAUGGCGUCUGGCUUCAUGUACAACCCUCGCGUCAUGCACCCUGGGAUGCAGCACGGUGGCGUUCCUCCACCACAUGUCAUGUCUCAGGCCCGAGGAGUUGGAAAUGGAAGCCUUUACCCUCGCCAGCCAUACCCAGACCUAGGGCGCUAUGCUGGCCAAAGACCUCACCCACACCUGAUGGAGGCUCUGCAGCGGCCCCAGCAGCUGCCUUACUCCCCGGGUCAGUCACGCAUGGCCAUGUACCAGCAUCCCCGGCCCGGUGGGCACUUCCAGGGCAUGAUGAUUCAGCAGAGAAUGUUGUCACCAGAACACUUCCUACACCCAGGGCAACAAAUGAUGACGGCUCCAGGCGGCCCCAACAGUAAACAGGGAGUGUGACGUGUGAGCAGAACAUGUCAAUAUCAAAGAACAUCUGGACAAAGCGGCGAGCUGAAAAGAAAGAAGAUAAAUGCUGACUGGGCAGACAGAGGCCACAGAUGAGAGGCUUCGCUUCACACGCAUCUUUUAGUGAUUCUCUCCCACUGAACAGAUUUCUUGGAGCUCGGCUCUACCCACCAUUGGACCUGAGUAUCUGACCAAGCAGCUGGUUUGACUAAGAUGAUAAAAAAUGUGAAAUGUUAUUUAGCCCUGGAGAACGGUUCCCCUGCUCUUCUGCACACAGAGCUCUCUCACAGGGGUCCAGAACUGAACAGCUCUGUGGAUCUGUUGGAAGAUUCACUCGAGGACUCACCUGCUCUCAUCCGGAGCCUUUUGAACUCGAAUCCUCCAGGAGAAGGGCAACCUUUUUUUAACCACUAGUUCCACCUGUCAAACACAGGGGACGCUGCCUUCAAGAAGCCCUUUCCUCUUUGAGGAGUUGGAACACGGAAGCAUUAAAGGCCACUGAACUCGGCCUGCCCGUCCUGUUCACUGAAUGAAUCCUUCAUACUGAGGAAAGGGAAUUUUUUUUUUUUUUUUUGUUACUACUAUUUUCUGUUCCGACUGUAUCUUGAAACUCAGGUGUAGAAAAAGGAGGUACUAUGAGACUGUCAGCCUGACCCGGUCGACUCGCAGGCCCCCUUGCCAGCUGCCUUGGUCCCCUUUUGUGAAUGUAUGAGUGAAUGUGUAGGUUACGGCACAGUAGCUGCAUGUGAAAGAGCACGAACACUGAUCAUCUGUCUGAAGCAUGAAAACCGUCCUGAAAGGGCCCAGUCAGUCACUGUCUAUCCCCCCC